AUGAUGCAUCUAGGACUCUUAUUGAGCUGUAGCACACUUGCUACUGCUGCUUCGCUAUGGUCCUCGAAAUCAGCUUCUUGGGAUACAACCAACGAAGCGUUUGUUCUUGGAAAUGGAAAACUUGGCGUGAUGCCGUUUGGAGCAGCCGGAACUGAGAAGCUCAACCUCAAUUACGACGAGCUUUGGAGUGGAGGGCCAUUUCAGGUUGAUGAAUACCGUGGAGGAAACCCCAAUUCAAGUAUGGUGGGCAUCUUGAAUGAUAUCCGCGCUGAGAUCUGGAAGAAGGGAACCGGAAAUGACAGUCGAUUACAUGGUGACGAGAGUGGCUAUGGUUCCUACCACUCGUUAGCCAAUCUCACCGUCCAUAUCGAGGGUAUAUCCGGUGUGACUGGGUAUAAUCGAUCUCUAGAUCUGAGUAAUGGGAUACAUACGACAAGCUAUUCAACAGCGGAUGGCACCUACACCACGUCAAUCUACUGCAGCUACCCCCAGCAGGUCUGUGUCUAUCACCUGGCAUCACCCGUCGUACUGUCAAAUGUCUCAAUCUGGUUUGACGAGCUUGUGGAAUCGUCAUCUCUAUAUAAUACAACCUGUGGGUCCUCAUUCGCUCGGUUGCGCGGCAUCACUCAAGAGGGGCUCCCUCGUGGGAUGCUGUAUGACACCAUCGCGCAAAGCUCCCUUCCAGGCCAUUGUGAUGGCUCAACAGGUCGUCUCCGAAUCAGUUCUUCCAGCAGUAAAGCCUUGACACUAGUUAUAGCAGCCGGCACAGACUUCGACGCUACCAAAGGCAAUGCAGCCAAUGGGUUCACUUUCCGAGGCGAUGAUCCUGCGACACAAGUUCAAAAACUUACCAGCACCGCUUCUAAAUUACCAGAGUCAAAGCUGCGAGCUGCUCAUGUAGCUGACUAUGGAUCUUUGGCCAGUGCAUUCGUCUUAGACUUGCCAGACCGUCGUGGCUCGUCGGGAGCGGAGUUCUCAGAGCUUAUCACCAGAUAUAGCGCCAACUCAACAGCAGGAGAUCCGUUCCUGGAGAAACUCAUGUUUGAUUAUGGAAGACAUUUGUUCAUCUCAUCCUCUCGCGAGAACAGCCUGCCACCAAACCUGCAAGGAAUAUGGAGCUCGACGCAGACUGCAGCUUGGGGUGCAGAUUACCAUGCCAACAUCAACCUACAAAUGAACAUGUGGGGUGCGGAAGCAACUGGCUUGGGAGACUUGACGAUAUCCGUUUUCAACUACAUGGAGCAAACGUGGAUGCCUCGAGGUGCAGAAACCGCCCAGUUACUUUACGGAGGCAACGGAUGGGUGACGCAUAACGAGAUGAAUAUCUUCGGUCAUACAGGAAUGAAAACUUGGCAGACUUCCGCGGAUUAUCCUGCGGCACCGGCAUGGAUGAUGCAGCAUGUUUGGGAUCACUACGAUUACUCCCGCGACAGCGAGUGGCUCCGCAAACAGGGCUGGCCGAUGCUGAAAGGCGUUGCCGAGUUUUGGCUGUCCCAGUUGCAAUCCGAUCAGUUCACUAAUGAUGGUUCGCUCGUUGUUAAUCCGUGCACAUCCCCAGAACAUGGCCCCGUCACAUUUGGAUGUACCCACUGGCAACAGUUGAUCUAUCAGGUAUUCGAGACCAGUCUCCAGGCUGGAAAAACAGCGCAAGAUGGCGACGAAGCAUUCUUCGCCGAAGUGAGGAGCAAGCUAGCCAAGCUCGAUAAGGGCCUUCACAUUGGCUCUUGGGGAGAAAUCAAGGAAUGGAAAUUGCCCGAUAGCUACGGGUAUGAUGUCGAGGGUGACGAGCACCGCCACCUAUCCCAUCUGGUUGGUUGGUAUCCAGGAUGGACCAUUUCGUCAUAUCAGAAUGGAUAUUCCAAUGCUACCAUCCAGGAGGCCGUUAAUACCUCACUUGCCAGUCGCGGACCGGGAAUUUCAGACUCUAAUGCUGGAUGGGAAAAGGUCUGGCGAUCAGCUUGCUGGGCUCUCCUGAACAAUACAGAUGAAGCAUACUACGAGCUUCGCCUGACCAUUGACCAGAAUAUUGGUCAGAGUGGACUGUCACUGUAUAGCGGUGGAGAUAGCCCGUCCGGACCAUUCCAGAUUGACGCUAAUUUUGGAUUUGUUGGUGCUGUGCUCAGUAUGCUUGUCGUUGAUUUUCCUUUGGAUAGCUCGAGCUCCGGGUCUGCUCAUCGUACUGUGGUUCUUGGUCCAGCUAUUCCUAAGACUUGGGCGGGUGGCAGCGUUCGAGGCCUUCGCCUACGAGGUGGUGGAAGUGUAGACUUUUCGUGGGAUGAUAAUUGUGUGGUUGACAAAGUGCAGGCCAAGGGGCUUGCAAAGAACGUUCAUCUUGUCAAUGUUCAAGGGACGUCGUUAGCAUGA